CGUGACCGGUCAUGACGUUCUGUGGCUGUUAUGGCAGCUGUUGUGUGCGGUAAAGUUGGAGAGUGAUGCAGAAGAGAAAAUGGAAAGGAAACACUUAAAUUGGCAAAAAAUAUGUCGCCCAUAGUACAAGUGGUGUAAUGAAUAUUUCCUAAGAUAAGGUUACCGAGUGAAAUGUCUGGUUUUUAAUAUUACAUUUCUCAGAGACAGUUUAUGAGAAUAUUUAAUGUAAUAAUGAUUAUUCGCCGCACAAUUUUGUCUCUGACUGCUCUCUUUGUGCUAGUCCUAACAGCUAAUGUGUACUUUGUAUAUGUGAUUGUAGAAGAAAGAUCUCCCAGUAUUCAAACAAACAGUGAAGUUGUGGUCAGUCAUGAAGAUAAAAAUGUAGGAGCUCCAGCAGUAAGGAAAAAAGUGUCCAAACCAAAACAGACACCAGUGUAUAGAAAUGCAACUCUUAGUGCCACUCAGAGAAUCAAACAGAAGCUGUUAGAACUUUCUUCAAAUUACCAUAAGGUGUCCUUGACCUACAAGCAGAUUGUCAGUCAACUCCUUGAUGAUUUGAAGUUGUCAAUGGAGAUGUCAACAGAGCUGUGGGGAACAGCUCGUAAGUGGGUGGGACCAAGAGAGAUUGUACCAAAACGUGCCCCACACCUUGGCAGUGUCCUUCGGACACUGUGCUCCACAAAGAUUAUUCGAGCUGAGAAUGCACAGCACCAAGGAACACAGCUGAAACUGAUGCUUACAUUACUUGGGAACCAAAAGGCAGUAUUUAAGCCGCAGUGGUACUCGCGCAGUAAAGUGAUUGGUGGCCCUGUGUAUGCUGGCAAAGAUCGACAUAAUGCAGAGGUUGCAGCCUUUCACUUGUCAAUUUUGCUGGGAUUAAGAAGAAGUCCUCUCACAGUAGGACGUAAAGUGAACUUGCGUCGAGAAGUGAUGCCAGUUGCCACAAAUGAUCUGCUCGAGACAUUCUAUCAAGAAGGGAACAACACAUGUUUCUAUGGUGUGUGCUAUUUCUGUGGUCCCAACCAACCAGUCUGUGCACAAAAGGAUGUAAUGGAGGGUGCUCUUGUUCUUUGGUUGCCAUCCAAAUACAAACUCAAAAAACAUCGUAGUCCAUGGCAGAGAACAUACAAGUCACACACAGUUGCAAGGUGGGAGGUGGAUGAUGAUUAUUGUAUGAGAGUUAAAGCCAUGAAACUGUACGAUCCAAACACUGGACCACGCCUGUUGGAUCUGAUAGAUGCAGCCAUUUUUGACUUUCUUAUUGACAAUGGUGAUCGUCACCACUACGAUGUAUUUGAAAAUGUGACGAACUCUAUGGUCCUUUUACUGGACAAUGGAAAGGGUUUUGGAAACCCACACCGGGAUCAUCUGGAUAUUUUGGCACCUCUUUACCAGUGCUGUGUGUUGCGUAAGUCAACUUGGGACAGGCUACAACUUUUCUCAGGUAAUGCCUUGAGCACUUCACUUGAAGCACUGCUCCACCACAGCCACAUUGCACCAGUGCUGACCUCAUUACAUCUCAAGGCAUUAGAUCGACGGCUUCUUUUUGUGUUUGCUACUGUUGAAAUGUGCUUUGAACAGCAUGGAAGAAAGAAAGUUUUGGUAUAUGAUGCUGUGAGGUAACACUCAAGAACUUACCAGACUGCAGUGCUUCAAGAGGAGGAAUAUUUUGCUUGAGCAUUCAUAAUGUGAUAACUCGGGCCAAUGUCAAAACCUACAAAAGGUAGGAAGGUAGGAGCACUUUCUAAAUUACCCAUUCAACAUUCUCUAUAUCACUUGACGAGAAUUGAUAGUAACCAGUCAUAUAAGUUUUGAAGCUGUUGAGACCAAAGCCUGAAAGAACAGUUGGUAAUCCUGCUGUAUUCCAGUCUUUAAUCCUUUCACUGUUUCUUGCUUAUAUCUUAUGUGAUGGUGACAUCUUCAUGUGAUUCAGAAUAAUUAUUUUGCAGAGGGGAUUUUGGAGCGUGAAGCUGACCACUCACCUCCCGCUAGUGCCAUCCACUCCCCCAUACGCCUUCAUGGUGUAGCGCUUAAUUAGUUAAACACAGGGACAACUUUACCUUUACCUUUUACUUGACAUGUUAUGUCUGUGAUAUUCCUGUUGAUCUACUUGGUCUAGCUUGCAAGUGUUGCAGCUUGCUGUCUUCCUUGUAAUGGUUUUAUGACAACCAAAAGCAGAACAGAAGAAUAUAAGAAAGUAAGAUUUUCAUUGUUUUUGGUGAUUUUUUAACGAGUUACAGUAUAAAUUCAUCCAAUAUUUAGACUGUAUAGUGUUUAAUGCUAGGAUGGUAGAUGAAUGAUGAAUUGAAACAGAUUUGGAAGGAAGUCGUCAUGGCCUAAUUGAGAUGUUGUCCUGGCAGUUGCUUGGAGGGACUGAGUAAAACCAGGACAAAUCUGUCUUGAAAGCUGGUGUCACAUCCAAGAACCUCCCAAAUACAAAUCUAAGAGUGUUACUGCUAGACCAACCUUUUUGGUGUACAUGAACAUAGUAGGAAACCCCCAAAGACUUCAGAGUGAACAAUCGAAGAAGGUCACAGGGUGAAUUGUUCAUCCAUUAUGAAAUGAUGGGAGAUUAGUUUAAUGUUUCUGGAAAAUGACAUAUUGAAUGAAACUAGUUUGCAGAAUUUCAUAGACAAUAGACCAAGUUGAAGGAUGAACAUAAAUCUUUGUUUUCCUAUAAAUUUUCCAUCCAUAUAGAAAAGCUACUGGAAAUGAGAAGAUAAUAAUUAUAUAGCACAUGAUUUAUUUUUUGCAUAACAAGCUAAAAAUAUCUGACAUAACUUCAACCUCUGCACCAUAGUCAUAUGUGUAAUGUAUGUUUUAUGUGAUGGUAGGUUCUCAGUCUAGUGAAGAUUCACACUGUAAUCUUCUGGGCUGUAAUAAUGGAUAGUCUGGUAGGUGGGUGCCUGGAACAGCUCAUGGCCAUAGGAGCAAAAUUUGACAGUGGAUUAUAUAAUCCUUAAUUAAAUAAUGAAAUUAUUUUAUUAGACCUAUAACAAUUUUUGCAGUAAUCGUUAUCAUUGACUGCCUCCCAUUUUUACAUAAAAUAUACAAACAUUGUGUAACAGUACAGAUUUACAGUUAUUACAUUG